AUGGAAGCUAAUUUGACUAUCAAAAACCUAAAAUACUACCCUUUUAAAGGAUAUUCUCUUCAUGUACUUACAAAAUUUAGAAAAGUUGCCAGUGGUAUACUAAUUGGUAUCAAGAAAGAUUUAACAGCUGAUUUUCAUAUCAUAAAAGAGAUGGGUGUUGAUGGGGAUAGGAGUGAAGUCGUAUAUUUGGAUAUAUGGAAAUGUGGAGUUCAUUUUAAAAUUCUAGCUAUACUAUACAGCCCUCCUUGUAACCAUCCAGACUUUUCCUAUGUUAAUCAUUUAAAACAUUCUAUUUUUUUAGGAGAUUUUAAUGCUCAUUCUCCCAUGUGGGGAUAUUCUGACACAAAUGAAGCUGGAAGGAGUGUCCAGGACCUCUUGAGGUCGACUGCAUUUAAACUAAUAUACGAUAAAAAGGAUCCCCAUACUUAUCUGCAUUAUACUGGUAAAUGUACAAUCCCAGAUCUGUUGAUGGUCACUGAUGACCUUUACAAUCUCACAAAGCAUAGCGUCUUGAAAGAUCCUGGAUCAAGACACAGACAGGUGCUUGCAGAAGUUAAAAUACCCAAACUGGAUUGGAUACCCUUUUCACCAUCAAAGGUCUCUUGGAAUUUUAAGAAAGCGAAUUGGCCUCUCUUUACUGAAUUGAUGGAACAUGGCCUUAAUCAUAAUAAACUUUACUUAAAAUCCUAA